CUUUGGUAAUAUCGUGGGGAAAGUUUUGCUGAGCAGCUGUAAGUUUGUGUUUUUGUUAUUAUAAGUUUUUUUUAAUAUCGAAAAGAGUGGGUAAAAUCUGAACUCGCUCGCUACGGCGAAAAGGAGCGAAUUAAGCGGUGAAUUCAGCGGCUGCAGGACAAUCAAUCCCUUCGCUUCGACAGCGAAGUUCCAUGGAGCGAAAAUGAAACGCAGCACCAUAAACCAGCAGGUGGCCUCUAGAAUGGCCAGUCUGGAGCAGAAGUACCAUGCCAGUCUGGAGCGGUGUUUGCAAAAGGGUGAAGAUGCACUGAUAUGCCGAGAUGUGGAGCUCUGUGAGCAUGUGGAGGUUGUUCUGCGAACAGGUAACACUCAGGUACUGCUUGGCCCCAUGACCUUGGAUUCUCAGACCUUGGACAUGCUUUCUGUCAUGGAGACGUCGCUGCAGAACCCUGGUGCCAGCCUUGAAGGAGUUGAAAGGACCUUUGAAGUUCUAGAACUGGCUGCGCUCAACCUGUAUCUGUGUCCAUGGAGGAAAGAGUACAGAGUGGUCAAGAUGUUCUCUGGAACGUUCACACACCAGGUGAGUCCUGUGUUGUCCAAGCAGCAAACCAAGGAGCUUUUUGGAUUGCUUGGAUACCAGGCAGUGGCAGGGCACAGCCAGUGCGAAGAGCUGGAACUGAAGGGGUCACCCCUUCCUGCUAAGUUCCUGCUCCGCUUUGCAUGUCUAUUCUUCAUUGCACGCUGUGAGUGCCGCCUGCUGUAUUCAGUGGCAAAAGUGCUAGGAGGGCGACAAACACUGGAGCUGGCCCUGGUGCAGGAGAGGCAAAGAGGUUGCAGCCUGGAGAGGGCGCAACAGAGCCUACAAAGCAAGAUGGAGAUGUCACAGCAAGGAGAGAACGCUGAGGAUGAGCUGGACCUGUACACUGCUGAAGCAUCCAAUGGUGAGAGCGGAUUAGGGAGUGCGACAAAGACUCAGGCCUCCUUCCUGAGACAGAGUCUGCACCCUUCCUGUGGUGGCAGUGAGCUCUCUGUAGGGAGUAGCAGUUUAGCUUUUGGUAGUAAAGCACUUUCGAUUUCCACAUUCCAACACCAGGUGACUGGGGAUGGGUGGUCAGGAUCAUCGAAAGCACCCUACUUUACUCACCAGAGGGGUAAAAUGAAGUCUACAGCAGCUGAUGCACUGCAUGGUGUAGCAGAGGUGUUGCCCACUCCUUAUUCCACUAAAAAUAUCAAAGGUGUGUGCCAGAAACAGUGCCUUACCUGCAAUUGCAGUGGGAGCAACCUGUACACAUUUCUGUGUGAGCAGUGCCAUGUGCAUCACAACAGUGGAUGUCUAAACCUGAGAAGAUGUGAAGAGAAGGGGCAUGCCACCCAACUUUCCUCCCUUAGUGAUACAGCCAAGCUGACGAUGACAGGCAGAAAGGUGUCAACACUUCCAAAGGAAAGAGCCAGUGGGGAGGAGGAGCUAGAAGAAAAAGCAAGGGGAGGGCCUGUUGAGUGGCACACCUGCAUAGUGAAAGAAGCUCUGUCUCUUUUCUUCUGUCACACCUGCAACCUUGUUCAUGAUGUUCUCUGUGUGGAAGCCUGCCUGCAGCAGCACCAUGAACUUCUGGAAUUGUCAGUCCUUGGAGUAAACUUCAGCUCUGUACAUGUCAUGCUACACCACUGUUUGCUGAAGACCCUUGGGCUCAUGUGGAUCUGCCAGAUUUGUAAGGUCCUCCACACUCCUGCAUGUAUUGAGAUGGAAAGGUGCCAAAGAUUUUAUCACCAUACAAGGAUGAUUGGUGCCUGUUCUGCGAAGAAUGACUGCAGCAGGCCUGCCCAUCUACUGUGUAGGUUCUGUUUUUUGGUCUACUGCAAGGAAUGCUGGUUCCGGAACCCACUUGUCUGUAGCUGUGGGCAGUCCUUCUGCAACUCUACAGCUGUUUAAAUCCACACAGUAUGCCAGUGCCACAGCCAUAUUCACAAAUACAACUUUUUUCACAACUAAAUCACUCUGUGUACAUGAGAGACACACUGAUGCUCUAAAACACAUAAAACACUACAAACUACAUUUUGGAGACCCCCUACCACAUGUUUCUCUUCACAACAUUUGGCCUUACAAAAUCCUUGUACAGAUGAAGGGCGUCAAGUAUCACCUUCACCUGAUCCAUUUAACUUUUAAAAUGCAUUCAGGAAUGUGUAAAAGUUUCAGUCAGAGACUAGUUUGCAUUGUUUCCACUGCGGCUUACACAUAAUGUAUUUUCAUAAGAUGUACGUUGCUUUGGAGAAA